AUGAAUGGAGAACCCAAGCAGCCAUUUCCUCCGCUAUUGGACGAGCUUGCAUCGCCAGAAGAGGCUCAGGAGAGCUAUGCCGAAGACGAGAGUGUCACCUCGCCCGGCUACGAUGAGAUCGAAGUAGAAGACGACGCGGAUUUCCAGUCGCACUACUCACUUGACCCUCAAUCCUUCUCGGAUUCAGAAUCGGACGACUCGGGCGAUGGCAUUGGACAGCACCAUCCUUUCCACCAGUCAUCCAGCUCCCUCCAUGGCCCUAAUGCCUUUGCGCCUCCAUUCUACAACCGCCCACCGACACCGCUACCUCCUUCGCCCUCGCUGACUUCCCUCCUACGGCCUCCCUUCUCCACGACUACCUCACGUCCCACAACCCCCGACAGCUCGGACGUCGAAACUCCCAACGACACCGAGGCCGCCGUGGCCAAGUCGGCCCGGCGCGCGACCACCGUUCCACGCGCCAGCCCCAAGGUUCCAACCUAUGAAUACUAUGGAUUUGUGCUCUAUCUGGCAUCCUCGCUCGCAUUUCUGAUCUAUCUCCUUUGGUCCUAUCUUCCCUCCCCGUUCCUUCACCAGCUCGGCAUCUACUAUUACCCGAACCGGUGGUGGUCGCUGGCCAUUCCAUCAUGGCUGGUGAUGUCCAUUGUCUACAUAUACAUUGCUCUCGCCUCAUACAACACCGGCUAUCUCACCCUUCCCAUGAACAGUAUCGAAAACAUCGUGGACGAAGUUGCAAAUGUUGCUGUCAUUGAUGGCAAGGCGCGGCGGCGACCGGGUGGCGCUACCAAGAUGAAACCCGGUGCGACAUCAUAUCAAAUAAUGGGCCCACAGAAUCGCAAGGUCAAUUGGUGCGAGAUCUGGAGUGAGGGCACCGAUGCAGUCAUGGAUAUCCCCGUCGGCGGGGUCUGCGAGGUGCUGCAACUUUUCAUUUUCCCCGAGAUCUCUAUUCGACUACCGGCAACCCGUGAACAUGUCGGGGAACAACCUUCUACGCCCCCGCGGCAAAAUGCGAGCGGGCCAGGCCAACUUCCUCGCGGUCCCCUCACUCCAGAGCAAAAGCGGCAGAUUGAGGUCAAUCGCAUGAAAGCCAAGGCUCUACGAGAACAACGCGAAACCGAUUCUGCUAAAAGUUCCGCUGCAGCCCCCACCCAAGGAGUCAAACGUUCCUACAAUUCCAUGACAGCCACCAAUGCCCCCGCCACUUUACGCGAUGCGCGCUCCAAUGCAUCCUCGUCAGAUCGCCCUCUCGAUUCGAUCAAGCCGGCCCGGAACUUCACGCGAUAUGUCGAGUACGACUUCAGCAAAAUGACGGACACGAAGGGUGGUUUCUUGACGCAGGAAGAUGAUCCUUUCAAUAAGCAACUCCACGCAUCUGAAGAAAAGGACAAUAAGCCAGCCAAUAUGACACAGAAGGAAUGGGAACGUCAUCAAUUACUGCAAACGCUACGACGGAAUCGAGAGGGGCCAUUUGAGCCGGGUUUGAGCGUGUUGGAUGACAAAAGUCAGCAAAAGACCUGUCGGGAAUGUGGCAGUCUAGAAAUUGACUGGAAGUGGGAGGAGAUGCUUCAUUGCUGCAUCUGCCAUGCUUGUAAGGAUAAAUUUCCCGAGAAAUACAGUCUUCUCACCAAAACGGAGGCAAAGGAGGAUUAUCUUUUGACGGAUCCUGAGCUACGAGACGAGGAACUACUCCCUCGGCUAGAGAAGCCCAAUCCACAUAAAUCCACGUGGAACAACAUGAUGUUAUACCUCCGCUACCAGGUUGAAGAAUACGCAUUUUCCUCCAAAAAAUGGGGCUCGACCGAGGCUCUAGAUGCAGAGUUUGAGCGGCGUGAGGAAGACAAGAAGAAACGACGAGAAGCCAAGUUCAAGACCAAGCUGCAAGAUCUCAAGAAACGGACCCGUGUGGAGGCUUAUCGGCGGAAUCGCCAGGGAGCUUCUGGAGGUCAGUUCGGUGAUGAUCUGGCCAGCAACCGGAAGCAUGUGCACCAGUGGGGGCGAUUGGUGGAGAAUCCAGAGACAGGUAUCGGAGUCAAGACAUGCGUAGACUGCGGUAUGGAGGUGGAAGAAUUAGAAUUCUAG